GAUGGUGCAAUUGAACGGAUGGUGCUUCCACACCGACCAGAAACUGUCAGCCAUCUCAAAUCUUUAGUAAUGCAGCAUUUCAGUAUUGAUUACAAUAUUGAAGUUCAGUUUCAAGAUCCUCAGUCAGGCAUGCUGUACAGUCUGACCUGUACUGAUGAACUUUCAGAUAAAGACACAAUCAAGAUAUUGAGUAUACAGAAAACAAUUUUCAACUGUCAGCCAUUACAUGACACAUAGCAUGGAACAACUCCACAUCAUUCUCAACAAUUAAGUGAACACUUUUGCUUGCCACGCUUUUCUGAUUCCUUGGAAUUAAUUCUAAGGAAAGCAAAUGAAGACCAUCUCAAGUAUGGAAACAACGUGAUUUUAAUUAGAGAACAAAGACAUGAGAUUCUUGAUGCUGUAGCAAGAGCAUUGUAUGAUAGAAAGGCCUGUCCAAGUGAGAGUGACUUUGAGGAAGCUGCAUAAGCUUUGGUCAAACAGUUCCCAUGCAUUUCAGAUUGUAGUACACCAAAAGGAUGCGGCGGAUGGAAGAUUGGUCUCAAAUUCAAAUUGGGCAAAUACAGAACUACAGCACAUAGGAGAGAAUGCAGAGAGGUUGUUGAGAAGAGCUGUAAAGUCGCCACUAAUCUUGAGCCAUCUCUUAAGCGUCCUUACAUGGUUGCAGUAAGUUCCACACAGUUUCCCCGAGGAAAUAGUGAAAAAGCUCUAGAAGAAUUUCGAGUCAAAAUGGUAUUGGAGAUGAAGAAAGUACACAAAGACCUUGCUGCAAUCAACCACUGUAUGGGAAAGACAUUUGCAUCAAGAAGGAAUGAAAUUGUCAGUAGCAGCCCUGCAAUAACGACUGUAGAGAGCAGAUGGCCAGCCCUGUUUCUUCAAGCACAGAAUUGUGCUGAAUUCAAACAGAUAACAAACCGCAACCUCUUGCAGUUAUUGAAUCUGUCCCGUGAGAAGCAGUUUGGCAAGUUUGGACAUCACUUGUCAGCUAUUCUGAAGAUGUAUGAUACCAAUGUGCAAGCAAAGGAUGUCAGCAUACUGAGAACAGCUGCCAUCCAUUGCCUUCCAGCUCUACUUGAUGAGUGUGACUCUGAAGUGUUCAAAGUCUGCGAGGAAGCAGAGCUAAGAACUUUGGAAAGCAGUGACUGUCCCAUCUGCAUCCUUUCCAUUGCCCCUAAGGAUGAAGAAGGAAACGUGCUCUUCCUGCAGCCAAGUCCAGUCUACAUCAUCCUUGAGGGCAGAAUGGUGACAUCAUCCCUCUAGUCAUUUUCUGAUGCUUUCAUUUACCUCUUUGGGCUUAUUUAUGCUUUGCACCUUCAUUACCCCAAAUCUAUUCUGAACACCUUUCUUUUCAUUCAGCAAGUACUCUUGCACAUUGACGCAGACAAACUAAAACCUAAAAUCUUGGCCUUGAGCAAGAAAAUGUAGGUUUUUUUAUAAGUCCAGGUUAGUACCUGAGUCUUCAGUGGUUUGGAGUUUGGCUUCACUCCUGUUUUCCUGUGUACUUUCAAAUAUUAACCAUAUUCUAAUGUUCACUUCCAGUCAUGUUGGAACUGUGAUAGGUAGGACUGCAAAUUUUUUAUUACUUUAGUAGCCAUUUCAAUUGGUGCUCCUGCCAAGCAAUAAAACAAUUUGAUCAAGACAAACAAAUAUUUUGCCCAUUACAUUUUCCAAGUAAACUCUUAUCUUGUUUUGUGUUCUAAAAGGAGUACAUGGCAUGUAUUAGGGUACAUUUCACAGUUCAAAGUGUUUCAUAGUUAAUUGUACAGUUCAAUAAAUUCAACAUUUCUGCAAAAAUAAAAGUCUGUAUUCAUGUUAAAAAAUUGUGAUUUCAAAA